AUGGCCGCGGCCGUCGAGGAGCUGCCGCCGCACGACGGCACGUGUGACGAGUGCGAGCCCGACGAGGCGCCGGGCGCCGAGCGGGUGUGCGGGGCGUGCGGCUUCUGCUACUGCGGCCGCGACGCCGAGGCGCACGGGCGCCGCUUCCCCGCGCACCCGCUGGCCGACUACCGCGCCCCGGGAGCCCGCCGGGCCCAGCCCCGGGAGGAGCCGGACUUGGAGGAGGAUGAGGAGGAAGAGAGUGAGGCCGGCGAUGACGACGGCGGCGGAGGCAGCCACGACGGCGAGGAGGACGAGGAGGAGGAGGACGAGGCUGAGGAGGAGGAGGACGAGGAGGGAGGGCGGCGGGGCCAAGGGCAAGCGGUGGCCAACGGGGACACGGAAGGCCGGAAGGAGAGCCCCUUGGACCCGGAAAUCGACGUGGAGGCCGAGAGAGUGGCCCGGAGGAAGUGCUCCGAGCACGAGCUCGACCUGAGCGCCUACUGCCGGCAGGACCAGCAGCUCAUCUGCAUCCUGUGCCCCGUGGUCGGGGCGCACCAGGGCCACCGGCUCGCCACCCUCAAUGAGGCCCUGGAAGAGCUGCGAAGCAAAGAUUCAGGCAAACUGAAAGCAGCUAUGAUAGAAUUGGUCGAAAGAUUGAAGUACAAGAGCUCAGACCCCAAAGUGUCUCGAGACCAGAUGAAGGUAUUUAUACAGCAGGAAUUUAACAAAGUUCAGAAAAUAGUUGCUACUGAGGAGCAGAGGACUCUUCAUCUAGUGGACAUACAGGAAGCAAUGGCCACAGCUCAUGUUACUGAGAUCCUGGCUGACAUUCAAUCUCACAUGAAUAGGCUGAUGACCCAGAUGGCCAAAGUCAAGGAACAACAAAAUACCUCUAAUAAAGCAGCUGAGCCAAAGGCAGAGGGUGAUGAGGAAGAACUCAGGCAUUGA